CUCCACCCCCCAACCAGCUGAAACGCGAGAUCAAUGCUGACUUCGGCACUUUUUUUUGUUUCCGCAACGACGACAUUUGGGAAGUCGAUCAGACACCAGAAAAAGAAAAAGAAGAAAAGAGAAGCGGACGGACAAAAGGAAUAAGAUGCCCCCCCCCCCCCACGCCACCUUUGUGUGUCAUUGGAAAAGCAAAACAACAGAUUUUUGUGGCAUGACGGCAACAUGCUUCCACAUGACGACACACACGGAAAGCACUCAGUCUUCGCUGUCCCUAUUAUUUUGAACCCUCCAUCCAUCUCUUCUGCCACUUAUCCUCACGAGGGACACAAGGAGUGCUGGAGCCUAUCCCAGCUGUCAACAGGCAGGAAGCGGGAUACACCCUGAAACCGGAGUGCCCAGAGAAAACCCACAGAGGCACGGGGAGAACAUGCAAACUCCACACAGGCGGGUCCGGGAUCGAACCCGGGACCUCAGAACUGUGAGACCAACACAUUCCCGGUGCCCCACCGUCCCACCGAUUUUUAACCUAAUGUUGAAAACGUUUGACCCGAGUCAUAAUGGCCCUCUGAGGGAAACCACAACCACAAUAUGGCCCGUGAGAAAUAUGAGUAUGGCCCGAGCGACGCACUCUCCUCUCUCUCUCUCUUUCUCUCUCUCUCUUGCUCUCUCCCCCCUCAUCUGUUCUCGCUCGCCCUUUGCCGUGGCACGACAUUCGCUCGGCUCUUCGCAGUCACGACGCCCGCUGCACGGAGAAAAGGUUUUUUUUUUUUUCCUGGACAACGCCCACACGUCUCUCCGUGAGAGGAGGGGGAACGAGGGAGGAAGAAUUUGGCUUUUAAAUUGCUGGUAUGAGGACGGGGCUGCUGCUGCUGGUGGCCGUGUGGCUGAUUCUGGUCUUCAACGUGACGGCCGGACAGAACGGGCGGGAGCCGCGCCGGUUGAAGAGGAAGCGGGACGGACACGGUCAAGCGCGAGUCAGAUCGGGGCGCGCUAAACCCCUCCGGAGCCGCCACGUUCCCCACAGUCCACGCAUUCCGGCGGAACCUGUCCAAGGGAACGUGGUCUUGCUGGAGUCCUACAGAGACCAACCGCAGCGACACUCCAGCUACAAUGUUCUACCAGGUAAGCAGGGCCAGUGCGUGUUCCAGGGCAUGACCAUGUUCAACCAGGCCGUGUGGGCUCCCACGCCGUGCAUCACUUGUUUAUGCACGGGCGGCCGAGUGGUCUGCGACGAGCUGGCCUGUCCCGCCACGCCGUGCCGCAUCCCGCUCGUGCCCGCCGGCGACGGGGAGUGCUGCCCCGUCUGCACGGACUCAGAUCCCGACCUCGGUCGUGAACUUUCUGGAGACUCCCCAGCGCCCCGUAACCAUGACAACCGGGACUCCAUCACAUCCACCCCUCAGCUCACCCACCAGGAAAUCCAGCGCAUCCUGUGGAGGCAGGAAGAGGAGCGCCUGGAGAAAGAGGCGCAAUUGAGAAAGCGAGAGGAGGCGAAGAAGAGGAAGAGGAAGGAGCAGGAGGAGAGGCAGAGAAGGAUAGCAGAGGAGGCGAGGAGGAGGGAGGAGGAGAAAGAGGGGGAGAGGAGGAAGACAGAGGAAAGGGAGAACAGGAGGAAAAUGGUAGAAGAGGAGAGCAGGCGGAAAAUGGAAGAGGAGAGGAGGAGGAAGGAGGAGAAAGAAGCAUGGGAGAGGGAGAAAAAGCUGAGAGAGGAAAUUCUGCAAGAGGAAGAAGAGGAGGAGGUGUGGUUAAGAGGGGAUGUCUUCCAAAUGCUCCCAAAAGAAGAAGAACCUGAGGAACCGGAUCUCCUCCCUGCUCCUCUCCCGAGACCUCCCGCCGCCACAGAGGAUGAGCUGAAUGAAGAGGAUGAAAAGGAAGAGGAAGAGGAGGUAGCGGCUAAGACAGGAGGUCUUCCCCCGGGGUGCGAAAUAUCUGACAUCACGCUGACGUGCGACAACGCCAAACUAACGAACUUUCCACCUCUCCUCAUGCCGCAGCUCAAGUCUCUUAGCCUGGAGGGCAACAACAUCAGCAGCAUCCCGGCGGAGGCUUUCAAUGGCAUUCCCAACCUGGAAUGGAUCAACUUGAAAAAGAACAAACUCACAUCUGCAGGGAUCGAUCAAAGAGCCUUUCAAAGUCUGAAGGCGCUGCAACGUCUGUACUUGGAUGGGAAUCUUCUCGAAGUGGCUCCUGCCAACCUCCCGCCGAGUCUGCAGGAGCUCAAAAUCAAUGAAAAUCGACUGCAUAGGAUCCGAGGAAACACUUUCCAAGGUCUGAGUAAUUUGGUGAUUUUGGAGCUGGAGGCCAACCUUUUGAGCGAGGCCAACGUGGACCCGGAGGCCUUUACGUCUCUGUCCCACCUGUCCUACCUGCGGCUGGGACGCAAUCACUUCCGAUCCGUUCCGCAGGGCCUCCCCGCAUUACUCCUGGAGUUGUACCUCGAGAACAACCUCAUCGAAGAAAUCCCGCCAGGAGUCUUCAACAAUAGCAAAAAUCUCAACGUGCUGUCCCUCAGGCACAACAGGCUGGAGGAGACCAGGAUCGCCCCUCUGGCGUGGAUCCACCACAGGAGUCUGGAGUCCAUGGACCUUUCCUACAACAAACUGUACCUGGUUCCAUCCUACCUGCCAAAGUCGCUGGUUCACCUUGUGCUAGUGGGGAAUCGCAUUGAGAGAAUACCUGGCUUCGUGUUCGCCCACAUGGAUCCCGGUCUGGAGUACCUGUACCUGUCUUACAACAAGCUGGACGGGGAGGCCAUCGAGCCAGAGUCCUUUUUCGGGUCCUACCACUCCAUGGUGGAGCUUUGCCUGGACCACAACCAGCUGCUCAACGUGCCUUCGGGCAUCAAUGAGAUGACCAACUUGCACUUCCUCAGACUCAACAACAACAAGAUCAGGAGCAUUCCCGACGAGGGAAUCUGCGAUCCGGAUCUCAACGGAGACUCCACCUUGGUGGCCGUGAGGCUGGAGAACAACCUGAUUGACCCGCUCAAGGUUUCCCCCUCGGCCUUUUCCUGCGUGCGGGCCUCAUCCAGCGUGGUCUUAAAACCGCAGAAAAUCAAAUGAGCUGAGCGACGGAUCGAAAUUCCUUUGCAACCUUUCAAACGCACACAAGUUUGUAUUUAAACUAGCAACCAUGUUGACUUUGAAACAUUCACUUGAAUUGAGGGAUUUCCAAUAAUAUGAUGUCAUUUAGGAUCACGAUCGAUGACUGUAGCUCCUUUCACACUGCUCGUCAAAGCCUGGUCCACCCCCGUGUCGCCGGUCUUUCUGAAGCGUACAGACACUAAGCGGGGGUGUGGAAAACGAGGCCUAUUUCUACGUUUCGGAGGAAAUAUGAGAGGCAGAGCGAUGACUGUGUGAAACCUGGGACGGGGGAUGUGGAAUUUUAACACAGAGAGCUUUUUUU